AAACCGGGAAAAAACAAAAUCCGUUUUUUCGGCUGGGAACAGCUGGAAAAACGGGGGUUUCCCGGGGAAUACGGGAGACUUGGCAGCUAUGGGUGGGAGCCAAUGUAGGAAGAUACCAGGGGUAGGGGCCAACACUUCCCAGGAACAACAGAGGGUUCAGACAAAAGUGCAUGCUGGGAAAUAGAACCCAGAACCUAACAGUUCCUUUUCGAGGGUGGGGGCCAAGGUAUGGAGAUACAGGGGGGAGGGGCCAACACUCCCCAGGGACAACAGAGGGAAGGGUAGCCUAUGGAAACACAGGGAUGAGCCGGGGUGGAGGGAGGAGGGGCAGGAUACGUCAUGGAUCGUGACAGGAUGGGGGGGAUCACACGAAAGAACCACAGCAACGCGUGGCCGGGUCAGCUAGUAAGCAAUAAAAAUGUGUUGUUAUGAGUUAGCAUUUAAUCAAGCCUUCUCAUGCCUGGAUCCAGCAAGGGUGAGCAGCUAAUCAAGCCAGAUUAGCUUCCUGUUGAGGUGAUCACCUGGGUAUUAAGAGAACAAAGGAAAGGGGAAUCUGUGCUGAAUGAUAAAUGGGUGGGGCCCCUACUUCAAUUCUUAGACAGUUUGAAGUACUGUACUGUAUAGAGUUGAGUUUUGCUGUGGUGUGACCAAGAAACAAGCAGAGAAAGAGACUGUCCCAGAUCUCUGCUUACAUCAAAGGCUGUGGCUAUGCGAGAAACAAUACCCUUUCGGGGUGCUGAUGUUGUGAAUCUCUCCAUCGUAGGCUCAGGUUGUAUAUAUGUGCACAUAAACCAUAUAUCAUAGACACCAUUGCCUCUGCUGUGCCUCAUUCCAACAAGGAAACACAAAUCCUGUAUGGACAGUGGAGGGCUAUCCCUUUAUGUCUGUAUUACCCUGAAAGUUUGGCACAUCAUUUUCUUGGUCUUACCCAAGGCUCCAGCCCAUGUAUGUGUUAUGACUUUUUGAGGGAGGGUGUUCUAAUGCCUUGGUUAUUCUUCUACAGGGAAGCUACCAUAGUUUUCACAUAUAAGAUGAGGUUAUUCUAUUGAAAAGUUAUGUUAAAAAUUUGUUUGUACAUCUGGGGAAAGAUGCCUUGUUCUUUUGUGUAGAUGAAAUGUUGUGCGUUAAGAUGGGGUAGACCAGGCAUCCCCAAACUGCGGCCCUCCAGAUGUUUUGACAUACCAACUCCCAUGAUCCCUAGCUAACAGGACCAGUGGUUGGGGAAGAUGGGAAUUGUAGUCCAAAACAUCUGGAGGGCCGAAGUUUGGGGGUGCCCGGUGUAGACUGUUUGCCUAAGCCUCCCUUCUAAUUCCCGGAUCCAGCUCAGAUCCAAUUGCUCAAAUAGACAGGCCAGCCUGGUAAUGGCCCACUAAGUAUCAAUCUUUAAGGUAACAAAGGAAGUGGUUCUGUGCCAGAGGGUAGAUGGGCACAGUUUGUUAGUUGGACACAGUUUGUCUGUUCGUUGGAAAGACUAACAGAGUUUAGUUUUGUGAGCUGGAAACCAGAAGCAGGAAGGAGGAGGCUGGGCAGCUGAGAAACAGAGCCAUGCCUGAUUUCUUCUGGAAUCCAAGGCUAUGGGUAUGGGAGAAAUAAGUUCCUCUUGGGGUGUUAAUGCUGUGAACCCCUCCACCACAGGCUCAGGUUGUAUAUAUGUGUAAAUAAACCAUAUAUCGUACAGACACCAGGCUCCACUGUGCCUUAUUCCAAAGGAAACACAAGCCCUGGGUUAAGCUCCUGGCAUCUCACACUGCUCAGAGAUUGGAGUGGUGUGCAAUAUAUGGAACCACUGCAGAACUGCCUACCCCACCUAUAAACAGGUGAGCAGAUGGAAAUAAGACGCAGCGAUGCAAAGAGACGACCAUCCAGAAAUGAUGCAAUUAAACAGAUGCUUAAUGUCAGAGGGUGUUGCUGCAGCCAUCGCGUGAGAUGCAUAUAUAAAUGGAAUUGAUGCAGAGAGCUAGAGAAACUCCCGCUCCUUCAAGAUGGCCAGGAUUCUGUUCCUAGCGUCUUUUCUGCUCUUAGUUGCAGGUGUAUAUCCUGACUUGCUACCAGAUGACAAGCAAGAAGACUUGCAAGGAGAGGCUGAUGAGCCUGCAAAAGCCACGCCCCCUGUAAUCGUAGUUACUGGAGUGAUACGUGAUGUUGAGACCACAACGGGAAAUGUUGAGACCACAACGGGAAAUGUUGAGACCACAACUCCAGUAUCAACACCUGGGUGUAUUACCCAGGCAGGGAAGCCGGGAUCGUGUCCAAACCCAAAUUUCCGGCCUCUUCACCAUAAGAAACCUCCGAAAGGCAAGAAAUUCAAGAAGCCAAAGCAUGAUUCCUCUUCUGAGGAGUCUGGCCCCUCAGAAUGGAAACCCAAGUUCCAUUCCUCUUCCGAGGAGUCUGGCCCCUCAGAUCGAAGGCAGAGAAACGGUGGUCCCCAUCACCAUGGAAAGAAGGGACUUCGGAAUCUCUGCAGGACUCCACCAUGUGGGGAAGAUGGAGAUUGCCCAGAUGAUCUGAAGUGUUGCCUUAUUUCCCGCUGUGGGAGGAGGUGCGUGAGACCCUUACCCAUGCUACGAGAAGACAACCUUGACGAAUAAGUGUCUUAAACUCUGAUGCUUCUUCCAAAGCCCCAUCUUUGAACUCAAACAGACGUCACAGCAGGACUAACAACCACAAGGUGGGACCGGCUGAAUAAAUUCUGCGGCCUUUCAGGUUUAAUUGGCUUCCUCAAAAAGCAAGAACAACAACAAAAAACCAACCAGAUUAAAAAAAAAAAAGCACUAGCAACUCAUUUCAAGCCAUGUAUGCUCAUCUUUUGCGCCGAUUGAAUUCAUUUGAUAUUUGCAUGAAAGCUCAGGCCCUCAGGGCACCUCGAUGAUGCUAUGGAAAACAUGAAUCAUAACAAAAGCAGCAUGGGAGGGUGGAUGGGACGCUACCAUAUAGCAUUGGGGAGCCUGGCUGGCCAACUCCUUUGAAGGGCACACACAUAAGCAGCUCGGGGCUGGCAGGGCACAUGCCUGUUGUGUCCUCCUCAAAGGCUAUGUAGACACUAGCAGCUUGAAACACGGAGAGGUUGGUUCCGCUUGCUGCGAUUCGAGUCACAUUCUUAGGUUGCUGUAUACACCAGAAAAGUGGGUGUGGAUGUCUUCACCUGAUGUUCAUUACCCAAUUUAUUUUCUUGCGCAUGCAAACACCCCCGCCACCACCCCCAGCUCCUAGUCACCAGAGCUGUCGUCAGAGUAUGUGCAAUGACUCUCUGAAAUGUACACAUCACCGCUUAGCUGUAGCUUCUGUUUUCAAACCGGAUGGAAGCUGGUUUGAGGGGGAACACAUCAAACAGAAAUCUUUCUCAAGAAGCUGAGAAAGAUACCUAUGGAUUGUAGCUAAUGCCAUGUGCCCAUGGCUUCAAACACCAGUGGUGGGAGCGCACUGGAGCCAGAGUGAAUGGGAAUGUGGUGUCGUUGCUGGCAUUCGCCGGUCUCCAGAGACAAUGGAGUGCACUUUUGGGGGUGACCUCAAACUGCUACAAUAGCAGCACCGAAGUGCAGAUUUGGGCAGCGUGUAUGACAGUCCUGGGCGGUCAGACGAGACCCCUGACUCAGCCUCACUGAUGUGGUCUAAAGGAAAGCAGAGCAAUACGGUUGGCAUCUGCAUGGCUGCAGGAAUUUCCGGAAGGAGGCAUACAAAGCGCUGUCCAACCAUCUUAGGGACUCCCCUCUGGUUUUGUGUUGGUUUAUUCCUCAUAGUUUAUUUCUCCUAGAUAUGCAACCUUUCCAAACUGACGAACCCCACCUGCCCCUCACCCUUUACAGCACAUUCAAGCAUUGCCUUCUUGACCAUUGGACCCACUAUUGGUCUCGUUCACUGAAUCCACUGGAGCCUGCAGGGGAAAUCCUUAACUCACUCAGGGUUUGAGACCCAUCGGCUACCCUAAUCAUACCUGCCAAGUCCCUGCCUGAGAAAUAAGAGACUGGACCGGAAGUAGCAGACCGGAAGUCGCGCUGCAGCCAUUUUGGAACUGGGCAGAGCAGCAUCAAAAGUUGCUUCUGAGCAUGCUCCGCCUAGUUCCAAAAUGGCCGCCGUGCCAGAAUAAACUGGGGAAAAACAAAAAAAUCCGUUUUUUCGGCUGGGAACAGCUGGAAAAACGGGGGUUUCCCGGGGAAUACGGGAGACUUGGCAGCUAUGACCCUCAUCAGAUUAGCCGGCCAGUCAAAGCCGUUCCCAGGGUGUGGCUGCUGUCCCAUGCCGACAGCUUCUAGGAGCCACAGCUGAGAGCUGAGUGCAGGGUGGGGGGGACUAAAUGUACGCAGCCAAAAAUCCAGCUAGAUUUGAUUAGGAUUUGAUUUAAGCAAGAUUAGGCUAUUUUACAGUGAACACCCAACCUCUGGAUUGGGGAAGCCUGUUUCAGAGUGUACAAUCAAAUAAGACACUCACUUUUCUUCAUUCAAAAUAUUUCUGAAAUAUACACUGAAGGGUGGGAAGAACUACCAAAAAGUGUUAGUUCCUCAAACAUCCGACCCGCAGCGUUACGCAAUAUUGUGAGCUAGCCAAACUUCAGUCUGAUUUCCAAAGGUUUCAGUCAGCAGGAAGCCAUGAGAGAGGAAGAAAAUGAUGUAUGUCAUAACUGGGAUGUUGGCACAGAGGAGGAAGAAAAAGAGAUUAGCCAACAUGGGUUGGCCGCAUAUUGCUCCCGGAAUAAUCUUCUUGUUGGUCAAGCUUACAGGGACCUCCCUGUUCCUUGUUUUCAUUCCACAGAUCUUCCCUAGGGGAAACUUCAGCUUCAUUCCUGAGGAGAAUUAUACAGAACUGCUGACUACUCUGAGCUUGCCUGAAGCAAGAGCUACAAGUGCAACCACAGUCCAGAUUCCUCAGAAGCCUCCUACAUGGGAAAGACACAGAGGGAGUGAAUAUUGGUUUACUGAAGCCAAGGAGGUUUGGUUCCACUGCCGAUAUGAUUGCAUGCAAUGGAGCUCAGACCUAGCAAUCAUCAAUGAUAGAAAAGAACUGGAGUUUAUUCAGAAUAAAACUACAAUGGGUACUUAUUUCAUUGGACUGACGUAUGAAGUGGUUCAAAACAAAUGGCUAUGGACCGACGGCACAGAACUCAGGAAUAACCUCUUCGCUAUGAGACCAAAAGAGGCGGCCGAUGAAUGUGCAACUCUUGCAGCAGGUGAACUGAAACCAGUGUCAUGCCACGAAGAACACCACUGUAUCUGUGAGAAGAAUCCUGAGUAGUUCAUCUGAAACAGCACCAUGCAGGAAUAAGGCAGAACCAUAGACUUUUAUUCUGGGACAUUCUCAGCUCUAUCUGGGGGAGCCUUCUCCAUGCAGAGAAGAUGCUAUAACCCUUCCCUCAGGAUGGGCUUCAAAGCAAUGAAUGGAAAAGCAUUAUGAUUUCCUAAUAAUUAAAACUUCUUUAAACCUGACUCCAAGUUCACACAUUGAUGUGUG